UUCUGCCUCAACCAUUCCGCCGCUCAACCUCUCUUUUCCUCUCUGACCCGAAGCAAAAACGACCCUUCUUCUCUCUCGCUCACUCGUCUCUUCCUCUCAUCUCUCUGAAAUCAAAAUCAACCGAGAACAAAAAAGAACAAUACCCAAAGCCUCCCUUUGGUUUGAAUUUCGAUCUGCCCUUCCCAAUCCUAUCUCGUUUUCUUUGUGGAAGCCGAGCAAAGACCCAAAAGUGGCAACGACGAUGCUCCAUACAGCCUUCAAACCGACGGGUUUAUAGUGUUUGAUAUAUAAGUUGGUACAAACAGAAACUCUGAAGUAAGAAACGAGCUAGCUUGGCUCUUGUUGGCAAGAAGAUGCAUCCUCCAUUAACUUUACAUAGGCACCCAAUGUGCGCUGAAAUCAUUGAGGAGUUCCAGAAGUGUCAUCUGGACCAUCCAAUUGGUAAAUUCUUUGGUGAAUGUACAGAGCUCAAGAUAAAGUUAGACCGUUGUUUCCGGCAGGAGAAAUCUAUCAAGCGAAAGGCCAACUUUGAACAAAGUAAGAAACUGAAAGAAAGGCUGCAAGCGAUGAGGAAAGAAGCUGCUGAGAAGAGCAGUGAGGAGAAAUUUAUGGGAGCUUAAGGAAAUGAUGCGCUGAGACGGUGAUGCGCUGACAUAUGCUUCAAUAUCUUCAAUUAUCAGCUGAAACAUUCAUUCAAUCUGUUCUUCCAGCUCUGGCGGUAGAUUUGGAGUGAGAUUAUGGGGGAUCGAUUAUUGUUGUGUAUGAUGUGGAAAACUUGUAUUUGAAAUUAGUGAUGCUUAUUGGAUAGCUAUACAUAUUUUUACCAAACAUGCGUAUGACGUUAUUUGUUUAUUUAUUCGAUGAUAAAAUAAAUGAUUAUAUUCUUGAUUCUUGAA